UCAGUGCUCAAGUAGCCGUCGUGCCAGACACAACGUUACGCUCUCUCGCUGUCGCUCGCUCUCGCGUCCGUUACGUUACGAUCUUUUUGAAGAAGUUGUGCGCCUGCGCAACUGGAAGUUUGAAAUUGUGGAAUUCUGCUGCCGACGCAAGGAACUCUCUUCAGUUCGCAGUCGCGACGCGAAUAUUUUGUACAUUGUUCUGCGCUGUCGUUUGUUUAUUAGUUUUUCGCGCUCGAGUGUAAAUUUCCUGUGUUCAGGUUUAUUUCGAUGGGAAGGAGAGAGAACGGAAAUGCAACGAAAAGGAAAUCAAACAUACUUGUAUGACAAACGGAAAUUGAAUUGUGUGCAGCAUUGUGCGCUGUGCGAUUGCGCACGAGUUUGAAUUAAAUUAAUUGAAUCAAAGCAAAAACGCCAAUAAUUUGUGGUCAACAUUUUGAAGAAAAUAAUAUAAAAAAAAAAAAAAAGAAAAAACAAAUUGAACUCUGAAAGCCAAGUCAACAGUCGUAAUAAAUAUACAUAAAAGAUAAUAACAACGAUAAUGGUGAAUUGUGCGUCGAUUUAGCGACGGUCUCGGAUGCGGUUGCAAACAGCAAAGAUCGACACAAUAGCUGCUGCCGCUUUCGUUGAUUUAUUGCCAAAGUGUAAAUAAUUGCAACAAAGUCGCACGAAGUGAAUUCGAUCGAAACUAAAUGAAACUCAAUUGAAUUGAAAUUCCACCAUUGAUGCGAGUUUUUGGACAAUUUCGAGAAACCGACACAAAGGCAAUUCAGAAUCACAUUUAUCGAGCAAACGCGCACAGAUAAAAUAAACACCCCAGUGUGACAUCCAAAGUGACUCCAAUUGGACCAUGGACACCGGAAGUGUGGUUAGCGAACCGAUUUCCGCGCAUCAUCGCGCCUUCGCCAAACAGAAAUCGGCCUCUAUGACCAUUCUCAACCCGAAGAGCUGUGCGAGCGCAGCCAAGUACAGUCUGCACACGGCGUCGGAGAGCAAUCAUGACACGCAGCUGCAACUGAGCAGCGCUGCCUCACAUUGCUCCACAACCGGAAGGCGUCGCAAGGGCGGCUCCCUGGGCGGCACGCUCUCCUCGCGCUCCACACGCAGCGAGUCGAAGGAGUUGCGCUCCGCUCUGCAGGAUCGUGAGGCUGUCAUACAGAAUCUACGCAUACAGCUCUGUCUGGGCAAGCUGCCACGCCCCAGUGGCCCGCCUCUGGACGAGUCGGAGAAGCCAGCUGCCGAGCAGAAGCUGAAUCGCCUCAAGGCCGAGGCGGAGAACAAGCGUAUUAAGAUUAAGAACCUGAAGAGUGCGCUGGAGAAGUUGGACAUCACAGACAACAUCGACAUACGCAUUCGACAGGCGGAGCUGGAGUAUGCUUUGGGUCGUGAAGAGCUGCAGAUGCUCUCCAUCGUGGAGGAGGCACGUGCUCUGCAGGCGCGCUUGGAGAAGUCCAAGCCCGAGGCUCAGACGCUCUACAACAUUAUCAGCUCCGGUGUGUCGCUAAGUUUGCAUGCGGUGCAUGCCACUUCUGGACGUUGGGCAGCUCAACAGCGACCCGAUCAGCCGGGAUUCUUUGUAGAGUGGGCACUGGAGGGAGAUGGACUAUACAAAGGCGAUCGCAUACUGGAGAUCAAUGGACGUUUAGUGACCAGCAAGACGAAGGAGGAGCUGCAGAAGCAUGUGGGCAAUUCGGGCAAAUGCCAAAUGGUUGUGCUGCGCAAGAAAUCCGUACCCAUACCGCAAAAGCAACUCGACCAGGAGAAGGAGAACAACAUGCGGCUGCAGCAUCGUAUUUCCUACCUAGAGGAACAAGUGCGUGAGCUGCAGACGGUCAAGGAGCAGCAGAAACAGCAGCCACAGAAGCAACAUCUAACUGCAGCGACAACUCAAUCGAAUAGCGCUCAUGUGACCAGCAUUAGCAUAUCAUCGCCACCCUCACCAUCCACUCCGCCAGACAAGCCGUUGAUCUUUCAGCGUGGCAACUACAUCACCACCUUGGUGGGUGGCAAACCCAUUGAGCUGGUGGGCGAUGAGCUGCCGCCGGCGCAUGUGACCAAGACGCUGAUCAAGGAGAACACUCACAUCGAUCUGCGCGAACGUCUGCCUCAAUCGCAUCUCUAUUCCAUGCCCUCGAAGUCCUUGUCUGCCUCCAAGAUAUCCAUCAACAGCGACUCGGCCUACAUGCAACAGCAGCGAAGGGAGAAGGAACGUCAACGGGAUCGACACGAACGACAGCGCGAAAGGGAUCGACCACGUGAUGCACUGCAGCAGCAACAGCAGCUGCACCGUGAGCAUUUGAUGAGCACACACGCUCGCAGCGUGGAACAUCUCAAUCACUACAAUGGCCUGGACCGUCGUAGGGACACCCCACGCCAGAGCGAGGCUCAAACACUGCGCGCCCGUCUGCCCAGCGACAUGCGCAGCGUUAAAUCCCUCGACUUUGACAGCGAGAACGAAUCAACGAAGCCGUCAACGGAAUCAUCACGCACAGUUCGACCCACGCCGCCCAAGAAGCCACUGCGUCUUUCCCUGCAGCGCGCCCAGAGUCUGCAAACAGUCGAACUACAUCCCUGCUCCGACUUGGAUCGCAAGCGACCCAUGAAACGGGUGCACAACAACAGCAGUAACAGCGGCGGCUCCUCGCCAAGCGAUGAGGGACAGAGUCACGGCUCAGGUGCAGCUGGAGCAGGUCUUCUCAUCGAGAACUGCAGCCCCAUGCACACUGCUUCGCUGGGACGACACAAACUCAUCUGAAUUAUCUCAUAUACAUAUAUAUUAGCGACUAUUACGAGUACUUUAACAUCAUCUGGAAUUAGUUUAGAAUCUGGAGAAUCAGCUGCUUCGCAGUAGAUUUCCUCAGCAGGCGGACAUGUGCAAAAUUAUAUAUUAAAUUUACAACUCAUUUCUUAUUUACUUA